GAGGGAACCUGGGGGUGGGGAGGAGGGGGAUGCGGUAGGGGAGGUGCUCCUGGGUCCGCGCGGGUGGCGGGUGCCGCGCACUUAUCCGUUGGCCAGCUGCGUUCCGGGAUCAGCUACCAGACGGUCCCUGAGAUGACGGGGAACCGGGCUGGGGGAGGAUAGAGCCGAGACUGGAGGAUCGAUUGGCACCUCCGCCCACUUUUCCCACAACGCCUUCCCGAACGAUAGGUUGGAAAGGCUCCUGGAUCCAAACUCGCUGAGGGCCAGGAAACAAAAUGUCCUCAAAUUUAUUGCCAACACUGAAUUCUGGAGGUAAAGUAAAAGAUGGCUCAACCAAAGAGGACAGGCCUUAUAAGAUCUUUUUCAGAGAUCUCUUUCUUUUCAAAGAAAAUGAAAUGGCAGCAAAGGAAACGGAAAAAUUUAUGAACCGUAAUAUGAAAAUCUACCAGAAAACUACUUUUUCAUCCAGAAUGAAGAGUCAUUCAUACCUGAGCCAACUAGCUUUCUACCCUAAAAGGAGUGGUAGGUCAUUUGAAAAGUUUGGGCCAGGUCCUGCUCCGAUUCCUAGAUUAAUAGAAGGUUCCGACACAAAAAGGACUGUCCAUGAAUUUAUUAAUGACCAGAGAGACAGGUUUCUGCUCGAGUAUGCUUUGUCAACCAAAAGAAACACAAUCAAAAAGUUUGAAAAAGACAUAGCAAUGAGGGAACGGCAACUAAAAAAAGCAGAGAAAAAGCUCCAAGAUGAUGCACUGGCCUUUGAAGAGUUCCUUCGAGAAAAUGACCAGAGAUCUGUAGACGCUCUGAAAAUGUUUGUUUCAUCACUCUGGCCAAAUCCCUCCCACCUCUUUUGUUUGUUUGUUUGUUUGUUUGUUUCUAAGAAGCAAAUUAACAGAUCUUCAUUGCUUUUCAGGGCAGCACAGGAAACAAUAAACAAACUCCAAAUGACAGCAGAGCUGAAGAAAGCAAGCGUGGAGGUACAAGCUGUGAAAAGUGAAAUAGCAAAAACAGAAUUCCGCCUCAGGGAGUAUAUGAAAUAUGAUUUUUUUCUGCUGCAAAUGUCUCCAAAACAUUGGCAAACCCAGCAAGCACUAAAAAGAGCACAGGCAUCAAAAAGUAAAGCAAAUAUCAUCCUUCCAAAACUAUUAGCAAAAUUAUCAUUACAUUCAAGUAACAAGGAAGGCAUCCUUGAGGAGUCCGGGAGGACAGCCGUCCUUUCAGAAGAUGCUUCUCAGGGAAGAGACAGCCAAGGAAAGCCAAGCAGAAGCCUGACUCGCACCCCAGAGAAAAGGAAAUCAAACCUGGCUGAAAGUUUCGGUUCAGAAGACAGUUUGGAAUUCCUUUUAGAUGAUGAAAUGGAUGUUGAUUUGGAGCCAGCACUUUAUUUCAAGGAACCAGAGGAGUUACUACAAGUCCUCAGAGAGCUGGAAGAGCAGAAUCUUACUUUGUUUCAAUAUUCCCAAGAUGUAGAUGAAAAUCUUGAAGAGGUAAACAAAAGAGAAAAAGUUAUACAGGAUAAAACAAAUAGCAACAUAGAGUUUCUUUUGGAGCAAGAAGAAAUGCUUAAAGCUAACUGUGUGAGAGAAGAAGAGAAAGCAGCAGAAUUGCAAUUAAAGUCCAAGCUCUUUAGCUUUGGAGAAUUUAAUUCAGAUGCUCAGGAAAUACUGAUAGACUCACUUAGUAAAAAGAUUACUCAAGUAUACAAAGUCUGCAUUGGAGAUGCUGAGGAUGACGGCCUCAACCCAAUUCAAAAGCUGGUAAAAUUAGAAUCUCGCCUGGUAGAACUGUGUGACCUCAUCGAAUCCAUUCCCAAAGAAAAUGUGGAGGCAAUUGAGAGGAUGAAACAGAAAGAAUGGCGGCAAAAGUUUCGUGAUGAGAAAAUGAAAGAAAAACAAAGACACCAAGAGGAAAGGCUAAAAGCUGCUCUGGAAAAAGCAGUAGCACAACCAAAGAAAAAGUUGGGAAGACGACUUGUCUUUCAUUCAAAACCUCCAUCUGGUAACAAACAGCAGCUACCUUUAGUCAAUGAAACAAAAACAAAAUCACAAGAGGAAGAAUAUUUUUUUACUUGAAUAAAAGCAGUAAGACAUUUUAUUA